CAGGCUAAUUAGAAGUUAAUUAUGAUCACUUAGGCUAACAAACUCAAACACUCACUCACAGCCACCCAACGGAACUUAGAUAAAUACAUAAAAAGCUUUCAUACUUCCUUACCUGUAUUUCCAAGUUACUUUCAUCCAAUUCCCUUGCAAAGAAAAGAAGAGAAAAAUGGUUGGAGCUUUGAUCGGAGAGGCCUUUAUUUCUGCUUCCAUCCAGGUGAUUUGUGACAGAAUUGCUUCACCCGAGUUCAUCGACUUAUUUCGGCACAAGAAACUCGAUCAACCUCUCCUCAUGAAACUGAAGAGGACCCUGUUGACCUUGAACGCAGUGCUGGAUGAUGCAGAGGAGAAGCAAAUUGAGAAACCAGCUGUGAGAGAGUGGCUUGACGACCUUAAACAUGCGGUCUUUGAUGCUGAGGACUUGCUGGAUGAGAUCAACUAUGAAGCAUUGCGAUGCAAGCUCGAAGGUGAAGCUCAAAAUGCGGACAAAUUUACCACCAAGGUGUGGAACUUCCUCCCUACUUCUCGUAAUAAGUUUUAUCAAAGCAUGAAUGUUAAGAUACAAGAGUUGUUACGAAAACUAGAAGACUUUGUACAACUGAAAGGUGCUCUUGGUUUGACAGAAGUUGUUGGGAGGAAGGUUUCACAAAGAACUCCAACAACUUCCUUGGUUCAUGAACCUUUUGUAUAUGGUAGAGAUGAAGUCAAAGAAAAUUUAUCCAAAGUGUUGUUCUCUGAUGAUGCAAGCAAGGAGGAUGUGUCUGUCAUCACCAUUGUUGGAAUGGGUGGGGUUGGCAAGACAACCCUUGCUCGAAUGCUUUACAAUGACGAUAAGGUGAAAGAGCAUUUUACAUUUAAAGCUUGGGCUUGUGUUUCAGAAGACUACGAUGCUAUCAGGGUAACUAAAACUCUUCUUGAGUCAGUCACUUCAAAACCUUGUAAUACGACAGAUCUCAAUUUGCUUCAAGUUGAACUAAGAGAACAACUGAGGGGGAAGAAAUUUUUGUUUGUAUUGGAUGACCUUUGGAAUGAGAAAUAUACUGAUUGGAACUGCCUCCAAACUCCUUUUACUUCAGGGGCAAGGGGAAGUAAAGUCAUCGUAACAACACGGAACAAAAAUGUAGCUUCUUUCAUGCAAAAUGUUCCCACUCAACCCUUGGAACCAUUGUCACAUGAACAUUGUUGGUUGUUACUUGCAAAACAUGCGUUUCGAAAUGUAAGCUGUAGUGCAUAUCCAAGCUUGGAAGAAAUCGGCAAGAAAAUUGCACGAAAGUGCAAUGGGUUGCCUUUAGCUGCACAAACACUUGGCGGUCUGUUACGUUCCAGGCUAGACAUUGAGGUAUGGAACAGAGUACUAAACAACAGUAUUUGGGAGUUACCUUACGAGAAAAGUGACAUUCUUCCCGCUCUAGGAUUGAGUUAUCAUUAUCUUCCAGCUAAGUUAAAGCGAUGCUUUAUUUAUUGUUCAAUUUUGCCAAAAGACUAUGAAUUCAAGGUAGAAGAUGUUGUUUUUCUUUGGAUGGGAGAAGGUUUAAUUCCCCAAUCUGAGAAUGGGGAAAGAAUGGAAGAGAUAGCUAAGGAAUAUUUUGAUGAACUGUUAUCCAGAUCAUUGUUUCAAACGUCGGGGAAAUCAAGUUUCGUUAUGCAUGAUCUCAUCAAUGACUUGGCUGUGUUCAUGUCUAAAGGAUUUUGUUCCAGGUGGGAAGGGAGGGAAUUACAUGAAGUAGAAAGAGUUCGCCAUUUGUCAUAUGCUAGGGAAUAUUUUGAUGUUGCUCUUAAAUUUGAGCCAUUAAAGGGGGCUAAGUGUUUGCGGACCUUCCUACCUACCCCUUUAAAUACUUAUCAAGAGUAUUAUCUAAGUAAAAAGUUUGUACAAGAUUUGUUGUUGUCACACAGAUGUUUACGGGUGUUGUCAUUGUCACGUUAUAGGAAUGUCACUCAGCUACCUGAUUCUAUUAAAAAUCUUAUUCACUUGCGCUAUUUGGAUCUCUCUCGUACUACAAUUGAAAGGUUACCUGGUGUAGUUUGCAGUUUGUACAAUUUGCAAACGUUACUAUUGUCAAAUUGUUCAUCUCUCAUUGAAUUACCUGUAGACUUCAGAAAAUUGACAAAUUUACAAAAAUUAAUGCUGGGAGGUUGUCGGUCUCUUGCUAAAUUGCCUAUAGACCUGUGGAAAUUAAGUAGUUUGUAUCAUCUUGAUGUGAGUGGAACUAAAAUUACAAAGAUGCCAUCGCAAAUGAGUAGACUAAAAAGUUUGAGAACUUUGACUGCUUUUGUUGUGGGGAAAUCUACUGGGUCGACCACUGGGGAGUUGGGGGAGCUUCCACAUCUUCGAGGAAAACUUUCAAUUCUAAAUCUGCAAAAUGUAGUUGAUGCUAAGGAUGCCGUGCAGGCCAAUUUGAAGAAUAAGAAGUAUCUGAAGGAGUUAAAGUUCGGAUGGGGCGAUGAAGACUCGGAUGAUUCCGAAAAAGUGAGAGAUGUACUUGACAAGCUCCAGCCUUCAAUUAGUUUGGAGAAACUGACCAUCCAAUUCUACGGUGGAACCAACUUCCCGAAUUGGUUAGGAGACUCAUGCUUCUCUAACAUACAAGUCAUGCGUCUUAGCGAUUGUAAAUAUUGUUGGUCGCUGCCACCAGUUGGGGGGUUACCUGCUCUCAAAGAGCUUUAUAUAGAAAGGAUGAACUUUGUUAAGAUAAUUAGUGUUGAGUUCUAUGGCAGAAAUGGAGCGUCUCUAAUUCAGCCAUUUCAAUCACUGGAGAAGCUGGAGUUUCGGGGGAUGGCAGAGUGGGAGGAAUGGGUACCAAGUGGAAGUGGAGGUCUAGCCUGUCCUCGUCUCCAGGAGCUGAUUCUAGAACAGUGUCCGAAGUUGAGAGGAAGCUUGCCUUGUGAUCUGCCUUGCUUGAAGAAGCUUAGAGUGGGUGGGUGUGGGGUUUUGCAUGAUCAAAGGGCCACUGCGACUACUAGUAGUAGUACUAGUCUCAACUACAAUUCUCUUGAAGAAUUGAAUAUUAGAGACAAAGCUGGUCUGUUAUCAUUACUAGAGACAAAGCUCCUGUCCGUACUUGACAUUAGUUGUUUUAAUGGCAUACAGUGCUUGCCCAACAUCAAUCGUCUUCAAAAAUUGAUUCUCUUGAAUUGUCCAAUGCUGUCAUCGUUCCCUGAAGAUGGCCUACCCACUUCGUUGACAUCACUUACAAUAGUCGGUUGUAGGAUAUUAGAAUUCCUACCUCAAGAGAUGUUGGCCAAAUUAACAUCGCUCGACUCUUUGAGGAUACAUAAUAGCUGUGAUUCAAUGAGGUCCUUCCCCUUGGGCAUUUUUCCCAAAUUGACGACACUUGAAAUUGGUUGUUGUGACAAUCUGAUAUCGCUUUGCUUGAUUGAAGAAGGAGCGGUUCUCAGUCAUCUAAAUAGAAUGUGGGUCUCUGGUUGUCGAAAUCUGGUGUGUUUUCCCCAGGGAGGAUUGCCCACUCCUAACCUGACUUGUCUGCAAGUUGAUGAGUGUAAGAAGUUGAAGUCAUUACCUAAACGCAUUCACACCCUCACAGCCCUUGGAAGUUUGCAUAUACGCCAUCUUCCAAAUCUGGAGUCAAUUGCAGAAGAUGGGGGUUUGCCUCCCAACCUCCGAUAUUUUAGCAUUCAGAAUUGUGAGAGACUGAGGGCUUCAUCUUCAUCAGUGGGAGACUACUGUAACUGGGGUUUGCAAGCACUUGUCUCCCUUGAACGUUUUACAAUUGGUGGCAGGGGAAGUGAUGAAAUCAUGGAGACGUUGCUCAAGCAACAGCUGCUCCCUACCACUCUUCGCACUCUCUGGAUCACUGAACUUUCAACUCUGAAAUCUUUGGAUGGAAAGGGACUUGCACACCUUACUUUUCUUCGAAGUCUAAAUAUCGGAGGAAGAGGGUCUGCCGCCAUCUCUUUCUUAUCUGAGCAUCUCCAAUUGUUCUGCCCUGGAGAAAAGCUAUCAGAAUAA